AUGACUAAAUUUGUGUGUGCAUUUCUUCUCAUCUUUCUUAUGGCUUUUGUAACUCAACUUGCUUAUGCUGGUGGUGAACGAUCUCUUACAGUUCAAGGGUGUCCUGAAGCAUGUGACUAUCGUUGUUCAAAGACUAGGGUUCGAAAGGCAUGUUUGUUUUUUUGUAACAUGUGUUGUGAGAAAUGUUUAUGUGUUCCAUCAGGUACAUAUGGUAACAAGGAAGAAUGUCCAUGCUAUAAUAACUGGAAAACUAAGUCAGGAACACCCAAGUGUCCUUAA